CUUCGUACACAAUUACUCAAUCCACCGUAAGGCUCUCUAAUAGGAAACAAGUGUGACAGCGCAAGCCGCUUUCUGCCCCCGCCUCCCUCUCAGCCAGAGUCAGGAGCUCUAAUAGAGAUGGAGCCCGGUGGGUCCGCCCAGGUGUGGUGACAUGAUAGAAGCCCGGGCAGCGGGACUGCGCUCUUGCUGAAGUUCAGCGCUGCAUCCUGAGGGCGCCUGGCAGCCUGCAGGCUGCUCCUCGCUCAGCCAGAGGCAGAGGCAGCGUGCUCCUGGCCAGCCCCUCCAUCUCUCCCGGAACAGAACAGAGCAGGCCACCUGGAGCCGGGUGACAGGAGCCCAGGGCCCGCGGCAUGUGGACAAAGGACAGCAGACGCAGAUACCUAACGUGUUCAGGUCCCUAGGAUAGCCCGUGGACUCAACAAAUGCACCUCAGGAAGCAAGGCAUUUCCCUAGACGAAGUUUCCAGAUUGUUUGAACUUCUCUGGCCGCACAGCAGCGCGGGCAGGAAGGUGGCGGCCGGGAGGACCCACGGCGCCUGCAGCAUGGGCUGGCUGGCCGGGCUGCUCUGCGUCUUCUGGGGAGCGUUACUCUCGGCAGGAGCAAACUACGCACACAGCAAGAACAAUGUGCCAAGGCUGAAAUUCUCCUACAAAGAGAUGCUGGAGUCCAGCAAUGUGAUCUCAUUCCACGGCCUGGCCAACAGCUCCAGCUACCACACCUUCCUGCUGGAUGAGGAGCGGGGCCGGCUGUACGUUGGGGCCAAGGAUCACAUAUUCUCCUUCAACCUGGUCAACAUCAAGGAUUUCCAAAAGAUCGUGUGGCCAGUGUCUUACACCAGAAGAGAUGAAUGCAAGUGGGCUGGGAAGGACAUCCUGAAAGAAUGUGCUAAUUUCAUCAAGGUGCUGAAGGCCUACAAUCAGACUCACUUGUACGCCUGCGGAACCGGGGCAUUUCACCCAAUUUGCACCUACAUUGAAGUUGGACAUCAUCCUGAGGACAACAUUUUUAAACUGGAGGACUCACACUUUGAAAACGGCCGUGGGAAGAGUCCGUACGACCCCAAACUGCUGACGGCAUCUCUUCUAAUAGAUGGAGAGCUGUACUCCGGCACCGCCGCUGACUUCAUGGGGCGAGACUUCGCCAUCUUCCGGACCCUCGGGCACCACCACCCCAUCAGGACGGAGCAGCACGACUCGCGAUGGCUCAAUGAUCCCAGGUUUGUCAGUGCCCACCUCAUCCCAGAGAGCGACAACCCGGAGGAUGACAAAGUAUAUUUUUUCUUCCGUGAAAAUGCAAUAGAUGGAGAACAUUCCGGAAAAGCUACUCACGCUAGAAUAGGUCAGAUAUGCAAGAAUGACUUCGGGGGACACCGCAGCCUGGUGAACAAGUGGACCACCUUCCUCAAGGCUCGGCUGGUCUGCUCGGUGCCCGGACCCAACGGCAUCGACACGCACUUUGACGAACUGCAGGAUGUAUUCCUGAUGAACCCCAAAGACCCUAAAAACCCAGUUGUCUACGGCGUGUUUACCACCUCCAGUAACAUCUUCAAGGGGUCAGCCGUGUGCAUGUACAGCAUGAGCGACGUGAGGAGAGUGUUCCUAGGCCCCUACGCACACAGGGACGGCCCCAAUUACCAGUGGGUGCCCUACCAGGGCAGGGUUCCCUACCCACGACCAGGAACCUGUCCCAGUAAGACGUUUGGCGGGUUCGACUCCACCAAGGACCUUCCUGAUGAUGUCAUAACCUUUGCAAGAAGCCACCCGGUCAUGUACAACCCGGUGUUCCCCGUAAACAACCGCCCAAUAAUGAUCAAGACAGACGUGAAUUACCAGUUCACGCAAAUCGUUGUGGACCGAGUAGAUGCAGAAGAUGGCCAGUACGACGUCAUGUUUAUCGGAACAGACGCUGGGACUGUGCUCAAGGUCGUCUCUAUCCCCAAGGAGACCUGGCAUGACUUAGAAGAAGUCCUCCUGGAAGAGAUGACAGUUUUUCGGGAACCUACGGCUAUUUCUGCGAUGGAGCUCUCCACCAAGCAGCAACAGCUCUACGUGGGCUCGGCCAGCGGGGUGGCCCAGCUGCCUCUGCACCGCUGUGACAUCUACGGCAAGGCCUGUGCCGAGUGCUGCCUGGCCAGGGACCCCUACUGCGCCUGGGAUGGGGCCUCCUGCUCCCGCUACUUCCCCACGGCCAAGAGACGCACAAGACGACAAGACAUAAGAAACGGAGACCCGCUGACGCACUGCUCAGACCUCCAGCACCACGAUGCUCCCCUCGGGCACAGCCUGGAGGAAAGGGUCAUCUACGGCGUGGAGAACAGCAGUACUUUCCUGGAGUGCAGCCCCAAGUCCCAGCGCGCGCUGGUGUACUGGCAAUUCCAGAGGCGGAAUGAGGACCGGAAAGAGGAGAUCAGAGUGGACGACCACACCGUCAGGACCGAGCAGGGCCUGCUGCUGCGCAGCCUGCAGCGCAAGGACUCGGGCACCUACCUGUGCCUCGCCGUGGAGCACGGGUUCAUGCAGACUCUGCUCAAGGUGACGCUGGAGGUCAUCGACACGGAGCACCUGGAAGAGCUCCUGCACAGGGACGACGACGGGGACGAGUCCAAGACCAAAGAGAUGGCCAACGGCAUGACCCCCAGCCAGAAGGUCUGGUACAGAGACUUCAUGCAGCUCAUCAACCACCCCAACCUGAACACCAUGGACGAGUUCUGUGAGCAGGUUUGGAAAAGGGACCGCAAGCAACGGCGGCAAAGGCCAGGCCACACCCCAGGGAGCAGCAACAAGUGGAAGCACUUACAGGAAAGCAAGAAAGGGCGAAACCGGAGGACCCACGAGUUUGAGAGGGCACCCAGGAGUGUCUGAGCUGCGCUCCCUCUAGAAACCUCAAACGGAUAGCAACUUGCCUAGACAAUAACUGGAAAAACGCAAUAUCCAUGCACUCUUUCCAUGGCAUUACGUGGGUGUUUACAAUGGUGCAGAAUUCAACUGAGUUCCACCAGUUAUAAAUUAAAUCAUGAGUAACUUCCUCACAGGCUUUCUUCCUGACAUCACACCCAAAACCAGUCGUGAGCGGACACGGAUCACCACAGCGGACCGAGCGUCUCCUAGGAGAAUCCACUGUACAAGUUCCACCUCCUCCUUUGCCUGAGAAACACAAAUGUCACGUGCCCUGUGGCCAUCGACCGGAGAAAAACUGCAUCAGCAAGCCAUUGUGCUGAACUAGGGGUUUAAAGUAAACUGCAUGGAUUUACUGAGUUGAUAAAUAUUCCAAACCGUGGUUGGAUGCAGAGAUAUUUUUUGUCUACCAGCACUCAUGUUUGUAUGUACUGAAGGAGAAAAGAGGUACUGAAUGAAAUGGUCUGUGGAAAUAUAAAACACAUAAACCAUCUAGCGUCCAGAGGCAAAAUGGAAUACACUGAUCUACUACUGAUGUCUUCUUUCAGCUUUGACCUAAAGAUGUAUUUUAUUAAAACUAUAAUUUAAAUGUACCAUGACAAAUAUGCAGUAAAAAUUAGCUGUUUUCUAAGCUAGAGUAGUUUUUUGUCUUAUAAUUAUUGUGCUAUAUCGUUUGUUUUUAAGAUUCCGAUUGUGUGCUGCUUUUGUUGAUGUUUUGUUUUUAGUUCUGUGAGAGGGAUAGCUGGUAUUGUUCUGGAUACACAUACAUUAGGAGCCAUCAAUCCUACAACCAAAAUAUAAAUUAUGCUUUAUUUUUUUUGAGGAAAUCAAGCAAAUGAAAGCUGUUCACACUUUCCCUUCUUUAAAGAUUACCUAAUUUUAACUUGCAUAAUGUUCUUUCAAAAACAGAAUAUAACCAGCAAGAAAAGAGAAAAAAUUGAUUUCCUAAAUGCAUUUUAUUCUAUAUAAAGGAUCAAAGGAAUGAAAAUGAUCUGUAUGCUUUGCUAAAAUAAUAAGCAUCAUCUUAAUAUAGCUGAUGGAAAAUGUCUCCAUUUCAGUGCUUGGAUUUCAGCAUUGUGUGUGAGACAUAAAUAUCCUCCUAUAAUUCCACAAGGAAUUAAAUGGAUCACUUAGUGAUUCUAGAAAAGACAGAGAAAUCAGUAAAUGGCAGAAUGAGUCUUACUGACAGAUUCCUCAACUGUUUCCUUCUGAAUUAGCUCCCCUUAUCUCACCUUGCUUAUAAAAAUAACCCAUAUUAAAAACACCCGGUCCUUUCCCUGUCUGUGGGCAUGGCUUUUCUAUGCACUAGUUUCCAAGAAGGCCCUGAACUUCAAAACGGUAAAACACUUUGUUUGCCUCUGUAAUUUUCAGACUUAGGUAAAAGACUUGUCACCAAGAGUUUGCCCUGGUUGUUGUCCUGAAGAGAUCCUUUGAGCAUCUUAGGCACAGGGUGUUCAUCCCUGUAUCCUGGGCUUUGGCACUGCCCAGUGUCAUCAGGAACUCUUCCCUGAGCCCUUGGAGAGGCCUAGGACAGCACGGAAAACAAGCUUCCUGCUAAUUAAAGAAGCGACACUGAAAUGUAGCUCCAGUUGUCACGGGACUCUAAUUAACUCAGCAUAAAUUUCUCACCUCAAACAACAGCAAAUCCGUAUUCCCCGUCAGCUGAACUAUUUUCCAGAUGGGAGCUCAUGUUUCAGUUUUAAUGAUUAUUUGAAUAAACAAUUUGUUGACAUUUGUUUCAAAUAAAAGCCUAAAAAUUAUCUACGUCCAAUUUUAGGCACCACUGACUAAAAUGUCGCUUUUUGGGGGGAAUAAUUUUCGAGGGAAGUGGAACUGGAAAGCAAGUUUCAGCCCACACUACUGUACAGGAAAUAGUACUUGGAAUAUAAAUCAAGCAAUCAAGAAUGCUACAAAUAUAGCUCACUUUUUUAUACUUUAGUACAGUAUCUUCACUGUAUUAAAAUUCAGUGUUGCAUUUCAUUCUAAAUUUGCAGCUGAAACAGAUUUAUUUGCAAUAACAAAAGUAUUUUAUUUCUUUUUACUACUUAAGAAUAAAAGGAUUUGAAGGAGUACAGAUUGUAUAACUUCAUGGAUACCUUCCAAAUCCGAAAGCAUUUUGCUUAGCAUUACAAAAUAUCAAUAGAAAAAGUCUAGAUUUUAAUUCAAAGUAUCAAACGCAAAGAAGUCUACUGGCAUGCCUUUAUAAACCAUCAAGUCUAAGGUUUUGAAAAAAAAUAUAAAUAUAGUGUGCAGGUAACUAAUUUCCACCACAGUACAGUCUUCUGCCAGCGCAUAUGGAGAGGAGCAGUUUUCAGGAAAAUGAAUCCAUGCCCCAGAUUCACAGUUGCCGCCAUACACAUGCAUCAUCAGAGAUGGCACUGGGUAAAAAGAGACACACAACCUUCAGCAGAUACAGUGGCAACCAUAGAGUACAAAGGGAUGCAUGUCAGAAAGGAAGUCCUGGCCAGGGAAACAAAUAUAGAUGCAUGUAAUUGCACACUUACUGCUUCUUUUAAUGCAUCAUUCAGUGAAUUUGGUGAUAUGUGUUUAGUAUUUUUUCUACCUACACAUGAGGCAAAAGAGAUGUAAAUAGUCUUAAACAGAAGAGGAAGAGCAGUGUAAAACACGAGUCUCUGUAGGUAUUCCACUGCAGGUGUUCGGCGUCACCCCGAAACAAGGCUCUCCUACACAGGGGCAGGGGUUUCUGUGCUCCCUCAGGCCACAAGGUGUGUGCCCACUGAGUAAGCAUGCUUUUUGCCAGAUAGUAAUAUGUUCCAACCUAUACUUAUCAUUGCAUUUCAGAUGGGAACUAAAAAACUGGAGAGUCCAAUGUAAUGAAACUGCUGCUGUAAAUUAUUCCUUUUAGCAUGUAUUCAGUUGCUAAAUACACAUUUCUUCAAAAUAUUUGAAUUCAGAUGUCUUUACUGUUCCCUGUAACAUAUGGUGUUAAGGAACAUAAGCUUAGGAGAUUUCGAGAACCAGAAUCUGCUUGAUCUCUAAUCAGCUAAUGGAUUUCUUCAUUGUCAUCAUCUGUAAGUUGGAUUCUAUAUUUAUGGUGAUGAUACAGAUUUUUAUGCCUUUUAAAUUAAAUAUUGUUCCUUUUUAUGUAGUAUCUAAAAAUACAGGAAUGAAAUUCUAUUAUAUGUCAUUUUCAUAGUAAGUUUGGGUUCGUUCAGGAUCUGCGGAGAUGUCACACUAUUUUUAUUGUUGUUACCUAACCUGAAGGUCUUAGGGAAACAUCUGAUCACUAUAAGGUCAUUAGUAUAACAUCUGGAAUCCUUGUCCUAUGAAUUGAUUUUUAACACGAUUUCAGUUUAAUGGAAACCUAUCAGGUUUCACAGCUUCAGACAUAUUCAGCAACUAGAAUUCAACAUCUCCUUAUUGUAUAACGACAUAUUAGAUAUAAACUCACAUGCCAAAGGCUCCGUGUUUCUAUUUUAUCUUUGUCUGUAAUCAUUAUUUAAAGCCAAUGUUAAUGUUUGCAAAAUACAUGUUUCCAUAAAGAGGAAAACAUUAUUUUUCAAAGAGUCUGCCAAAAUCCUACUAGUUUGUUUGAUUUCCUUCAGUGUUGGUGUGCUAGCUAAUUAAAAAGAUGUACAUUUUUUAGACUAAUGGAUCAAAGGACCCCUAAGAGACAGGACCUGGAGCUGCACAGGUGGGGCUUCCAGCUCAAGGCUGUUUGCACAAUGAACCAAACCAAAGACAACAUCAUCUUCGAUUCCCGUAUGAGGCACACACAGGCAGGGCACAGGGCCACACGGGAAAGGUCAUCUGAGCCGCAAGACACUGGGCUUGUGAGCAUGUGUCCUUUACAACCAGGACUGUGCCUUUCCAGAAGUGUCCUGAUGUUCGUUUUCGAUUCUACACUGCCAACGGGAGGAGAAGGCGCUUGGAGAAGCGAACGUAACUGCAUCCUCAGAGUUCGCAGAGGAGUGAGGGAAACAGACAGGGUGCCCACCUCCCUGUCUGCGAGUCUUUCCAGACCCGGCUGGCCCCAGCCCAUGCCAGCCUCCCUCUGUGCCACACCUGUGCCUCGAGUGUACUCUGCAUGGCUCCACAUUGUUCAUGGCCUGUUUCCAGACCAGGCGCUGCCUGAAACACAGGUUUAAAUCUCACCUGUCUCUGCCCCAGGGCCUAGCAAGAUGCCACGAGCAGAGGAGGAGCUCAGGAAAGAGCCACUGCACAUGUGUGCAGUGCGGACUUGGAGCUCACAGCAGAAGUGCUAGAGACGAGGAGGAGCAAGGAGCUGCUGUGCGCGGAGGGCAGAGGCAAAGUCACUCGAGAGCUGUGACUCGGCCAGAGGAUGGAGCAGGCGAGCAGAGGGGAGGAGGGCAGCCUGGGUGAGGAAGUCAGGGGGAUGGGCAGCGGUGAGCCAAGAGCCUAUGCCCACUGCAAGCCUUCCACUCGCAGAGCACAGGCCCUAAGGGCCGUGGAAAGUGCCCUGGCAUGGGCUGAGGGUGCACUUGUCGGCCUUUUUUGGGCUCCGGUUCAGUGGCCUCAGUCAGAGACCACGUGCUCGGCCCUGGAACAGGGUGACAGGUUCCAGCUCCCUCUUCCCCACACUCUCCAUCCUCUCUUAUCACAGCCACCCUUUCCUGAGCCCAGCCAGAGCCUUAGUACUGGGCAGUGACCAUGCCACCUCCAGACUAGACCUCACGCCAGGUCAGCCUACCAGGCAGCUGCUGGAAUUCUGCAUUCCACCAAUACAGGGGAGACCUGUGUCAGGUCAGCCCCUCUGUGCUCUGUCUCAGCGUGGUUCUCUGUUGCGCUCCACUGAUCUGCUCUAGUGUUGGGGCCCAUGGCCAGCAGGUCCCAGCCUGUCUUGCUGAUUAGCAGUGUGGAUCUGCAGAAGGAGAAUUAACAUGUGAAGUCUGUGCUUUGUUUGUUCAAGGGAUACCCUGGUCGGGGUAAUUGAUGGCUAGACAAAGCUGCUGGCAAGAUUAGCACACACAGGCAGACUUCUACAUUUUACACAAAAAUUAAAAAAAAUAAAAAGAGGGCUAGCUUCAUUUUGAAUCUGUCAACUCACCCCACCAUUAAAUUAAACUGUCAUGUUUUCUCUCAUAUAACAAAGGAAUGUAUUUUAUUUCUCUUAAUCUAAACAUUAUACUUGCAGAUGCAAUGUUUAUUUAUAUAGUACCUAAGCCAAAGUUCUCCCAAAUGUGUUCAAGUCAUCACAACUUGAGUAAUUCUGACGUCUCAAGCUUCUCCCUUUCCUUUGUAAACCUCGCGGGAGCAUUAGACCUCAAGUAAAUACAUUUGAAAAUCUG